AUGGACGACCGAGGGUUCAUUCUUGACAGCGACGCAUCCCCCCAAGACGUGUACAGUACCUUGCAGUCGACCGAGAUUCGCACAUUGCUCAUCGAGCCCGGAUCCAGGGGAAGCCCUAUCGUCUGCGAGCUGCAGGUGAUCCCUUCGCCGCAGAGCAGCCAGUAUGAAGCCCUGUCAUACGUGUGGGGAGAUACGACCCGGUCGACUUCAAUAUCUUGCAACGGAUUCGAGUUCCCCGUCACGGAAUCUCUUCAUUCGGCGCUUCUCCAUCUCCGUUACGCAGACUCUUGGAGGCGACUGUGGGUAGAUCAGCUCGGGAUCAAUCAGGCCUCUCAUGAGGAGGUCAUGAAGCAAGUCUGCUUGAUGGGCACCAUCUACUCGUCAGCCAGUCGUGUAAUCGUCUGGCUUGGUAGACACGACAGGAAAAUGACAAGGGCAUGGAAUGUCCUCCAGGAGACGACAGUCAGCUCGAGUCUGGUGCGCUCUGACUUUUUGUCGCCCUCGUCGCAAACAGCAACACCACAAAGGCCUUCCGGGUCGCGCAGAUCAAGCAGCAACUCCGCUUCUUCCGUCUCCAAAUACUCGAAGCGGGCAUCGUCGUCACGGGAGAGUCUCGCUUCGUCAACAUCCAGCCUCAACAGUCUGACGCCAAAACGGCCGACGAACAGACGCCACGAGACGCCACCUGGCCUGAGGAGUGUGCUCUCAAUAUUUCAACACGUCUGGUUUCAUCGCAAAUGGACCUUUCAGGAGAUCAUACUCGCCAAAGCGGCAAUCAUAUGCUCUGGUGAUUUGGAGAUGGCGUGGAGCGAUCUCACCUUGUGGUAUUUUCAUUACGCCUCAAAACUCCGCAGCACUAGCAUCUUGUAUGAUUCACAGGGAUUCUUUGAGAGUAUCAUGGACGUCCGAAGUGAAUUGGGCAAAGGAAACUUGAGAUUGAGCAACCUACUGAUGGUCACGAGGCCCAGGCUGAGCACGAAACCCGAAGACGCCGUCUACGCACUUUUGGGAUUGAUGCCAGGCCUGGUUUGCUCAUUGGACAUACGUCGUUCGACGAGUCGCGACGACAUGGAUAGGCACCAUCACGACCAUAUCUAUGAACUCUACCUGGCUGCGAUGCGAGACUGCCUCGAAAAGGAAAAUGAUCUGGCCAUCUUGAGUGCCGCGGGGGUGUACAAGGGGAAUACGCAUCCCAGCGGUUGGCCAUCAUGGUUGCCUGACUGGAGACAGCAAUUGCCACUGCGGCCCCUGAUACUAACUGAACAACAUGAUCUCGGCCCCGAAGCAGCUUUCGACGAGGAGACUUUCGGGGAUGCCACACCCAAAGACCCCUCCCAAGAAUCCCCCGUGUAUGAAUUCACACUCCGCCGUCGUCACGACAACCCUGCAUCCGUCUUGCACCAACACCUGGCUGUUCGUGGGAUUCGCUUAGGCUGUGUCGUUACCCGUACAGCAUCUUGGCCCAGUACCUUCUUCGUGGCUGAUCCUUCAGCACUGAGCUCGUUGGGCAAGACGAUCGACCAGGCGGGGGAAGGCGAGUUCGCUCGACCACUGUCUUCCCUGGCGACACAGACACGUGGAUCUCUGUUUCAGAAGUUCUCGUCAGAUACGGCUCAAACGUAUUCCCACAGGCUCAUUUCGCGGUCGCUCAAUAGUGAUCCCCGAUGCCAGCCCAUUCGGACUUCAUCAAUGGCAGAAGCAGGAGACUGGGUUUGUGCUCUGAACGGGGGCCGCGUGCUGUACAUCCUCCGUCCAUUAAGCGAGCCUGACCCUCCGGAUUGGCGGCAGCCUCAGCGAAGUGGGAGGCUGUCGAAUGUGCUUCGCAAUUCCACGCCUAUGACCCCGUCGCCUAAAGAUGCAGAAGGGUCUUAUCAUCGAUGCAUUUUUAUCGGCGAAUGCUCCAUCCACGGUCUCAGACCAGCGGACAUACUGGGCCCAGAACCAGCGUUGAUGUCGUUUGAACUGGCAUGA